GCAGAAAAUGUGUGGGUAGAAGAUGGUGAUAUAUUCCAAUCAGAAAUUUUACAAUUCAAAAGAAACGUUCUCAUUGAAGCGAACGGUAUCGCACGGAUUGAUGAUGACAGUGAAGUUCUGUUAUUGGAUGAUAGGCGUGCAGAAGGUCCAUUCAGUCGUGGUGCACAGUUGCUACCUGUUCAGAGUAAAGCUUCGCUUCUUUAUUAUAAGCAAUAUAACAGUAAUGGUAUUGAAAUGAAUGAGGGAUUUUUCUCAACAGAGCGUCGUUAUUGUGAAUUGCAGUUCUUCCAGCUCGAAGAUAGCUCAAAAGGAGAAGGGGAUCAAAACGUGUUGAUAUUCCAGUUUUCGCCUUCAGAUUUUGUGGAUGAUAUUGAAAGAAUUGUUGAAAAAUCCGAAAAUGAUGAUGCUGAACGCAAAAUUGCUAGAAGUAUGGUGGAACCUGUUGCAGCAAUUGAUAUGGCAAAUAAAAAAGUGAAAAAUUCUCCGAUACCACGUAGAAGUGAAGAAGUUUAUAGAAGAGCCUUCAAAUUCAGAUCAGCUAGCUACGAGGAAACGAAACGUUCUUCGACGAUAGUUGAGAAGCGGAGGAAUUCAGAAUCAAGCAAACUCAGUAGUGCAGAAUCUCAUAGUGUUGGCGAGAGCAUAUUUGAUGAACAUCCCAUUAAAGUGAUUACCGAUACAUUAGUAAAGGAUACGCAGAAUCUGGUAGCUGAAAAUGUUCAGCUUUCAAAGGAAAUAGAGACAAUCGCGAAUGAACAACGGAAUUUUGAGAAUAAAUCGGGCGGCAACCAAGGCGAAUCAAACUCAGGCCAUAUGAAUGAAUCGGAAUCAAACCAUAAGCAAGGCGAUUCUGAACCGGUAUUAAGCUAUAAACAAAAUGGAUCUAAGUCUAGAUCAAGCAACAACAGCAGUCAGACAAGUGAGUACGAUAUUAUUGGAGUAUCUGAUGGCACUGUUGGCAGUGAUACACAGCCUCUUAGUGAUAGACCAAGUUGCUCUACGGCUAUGUCACAUCAACUUGAUUUCGAAACGGAACAUCCAGAAGUUAAUCGUGAAAACGACGACGAGGAUGAUGAUGUAUUUCAAUCGGAUGAUGCGAUUCUUCUCGAAGAAAAAGAUCAAGAUUCUGAGAGUUCAAGCCAGAUGCAGAUUCAUCCAUUAAUGAUUACAGCUGAUCGUUAUGAUGUGAAUAGUUCUGAUGUUAAACGAAAGGAUUUGUUCAGUCGAUUCGCCAAUGUUGAUGACUUGAAGGCAAAAAGAAUUUUG